CCGCCGCUCCGCUCGCGCCCGGCCUUCCCUCCGCCGCCCCGCGAUGAAGGCGGCCCAGGCCGCGGGCCAGGAGGCGCCGCCCGGCGCGCGGUCCGUCAAGGUGGUCCUGGUGGGCGACGGCGGCUGCGGGAAGACGUCGCUGCUGAUGGUCUUCGCCGAGGGCGCCUUCCCCGAGAGCUACACCCCCACGGCAUUCGAGCAGCUCACCAUGAAUCUGCACGUGAAGGGCAAACCCGUGCGCCUCCAAAUCUGGGACACAGCAGGGCAAGUCGACUACGACCGCCUGCGGCCCCUGUUCUACCCCGACGCCAGCGUCCUGCUCCUCUGCUUUGACGUCACCAGCCCAUACAGCUUUGACAACAUCUCUAACCGGUGGUACCCGGAGGUGAAUCACUUCUGCAAGGAGGUGCCCAUCAUCGUCGUGGGCUGCAAGACUGACCUGCGCAAGGACAAGUUGCUGGUGAAGAAGCUGCGGAAAAAUAGGUUGGAACCUGUGACCUACCACAGGGGCCAGGAGAUGGCACGGGCCGUGGGCGCCGUGGCCUACCUCGAGUGCUCGGCUCUGCUCCAGGAGAACGUCCACACCAUCUUCCAGGAGGCGGCCAAGGUGGCCCUCAGCAGCCGCCGUCGUAACUUCUGGAGGCGGAUUACCCAGAGCUGUUGUGUGGUGACCUGAUGGCCUGGGGCGCUCCUUCCCUGACCACACCAGCAGUGCAGGAAGGAGCUGGGCACGGACCUUCUGGCCAGUUGGCUGGGCUGGACCUAGUCCCCAGGCUGUGACCUCUGAACUGUACCUCAAACAGAUGGGCACAACCGAGGCCGGGCCCCUGACCCUGGUGCUGGUAUCCCUGGACUGGAGAGAAACCCCUCUGAGGCCUGAGGAAGAGGGUUCCCGGGCUCACCAGCCCUGUGGAGGGCUAGGCCUGGAGACCCCUGGAAUCACUCCCAGCUCCCAGCCCUGGACGACACAUCCUGGAGCGGCCUGUGCAACCUGGCGCCACCUCGUGGCUCUUCCCGCGGCUGCACCUUCAGGACCCGGUGGUGCUAGGACCCUCCAGCCAGAACUCACACCCUGCCCCCGUCCCCCUUCGCCCUGCCCAUCCCAGUGGUAACUGUAACACUAAAAUGACAUCACUUGUCA